AUGAACGACCCGGGACUCAACAACCUCCUCAAGUGGGGCAUUCAAAACUCAGAAGCCUCGCGCGAGGCCGCCGCCGCCGAGGGGCAACCACCUCCCAAACUCGACAUCGAGGCGCUGCAGCGUCUGGUCACAGGCAUGUCAGGCCCGUCCGAUGCUGAGCUGAUGAAGGCGAGCAUGGAAGUCAUUCAGAACGAAGAGGCAGAGCUGGAAAACCGCAUCACGGCUUUUGACAACUUCGAGCAGCUCAUCGAGAACCUGGACAAUGCAAACAACUUGGAGAAUCUCGGCCUGUGGAUGCCUCUGGUAGACCAACUGGAGAACAAAGAGGCCGAACUGAGACGCUACGCCGCCUGGUGUUGCGGUACGGCCGUUCAAAACAACAUCAAGACCCAGGAACGACUACUCGUUGUCGGUGCUAUCCCCAAGCUCGUACGAAUGGCCACUUCCGAUUCCGAGAACAAGGUGCGCAAGAAAGCAAUCACGGCACUGUCAUCGUUAGUGCGCAAUUUCCAAGCUGCCCUUGACGACGCGGUUUCGCAUAUGCCCGCCGAUUUCAAGCCUCAAGAGAAGCUUGAUGCAAACGAUAUGGAUUCGGUGGACAUUUUGAUCAAUAAACUCCGUGAGACUGUAUAG